CAUCUAUCAUUUCCUCUGAUUUUAGGGAUUCCUCAUGAGUAAGUUCAGGUGUAGGGAUGUGGUCAAGAUUAAAUUUUGGAUUAAAAUGUUGUUCCAGGGUCAACAAAAUAUGUUGACCCAGGAACACAUCUAACUCAGCAAAAUCAGAACAUGCAGGAUCAUCCAAUCAUCCACUACUGUCAUCCUCUGUGAACAUCCAGGCCUUUUUAUGUUGCUGAGCUCACCAGUGUUUUUUUGUUUGUUUGUUUGUUUUUUUCUCAAAAUGUACCAAACUGAUUUGGCCACUCCGAAUGUUCCUGCUUUGAUGGAUUUCUUUUGUUUAUGAACCCUAACAAUUGUCUGUUUUACUUGCAUGCAGAGCUUAUUAAAGAGCUGUAAUUCUUUAUUAUUACUGUGCUUAUUCUUACAGUGUUUAUGGCCUUACAUUCUAAAUGUGAUAAGAAAUGCUGCCAUGAAAUUAUGUGAUCAUGUGUCACACCAAAAGAUAAUGUAUGUGCAGUUGCCCAAAAAUGAUGAUUUCAAAGAUUUAAACCCUAUUCCACCAUGGGUGACUAAGCCCCCGAGAUUUAGUACUAGUUAAAGUUCAACUGAUCCUCUAACUACUAGGAAGAGAUUUUGCAUUAAAUACUUAUUCAGCCCUAGUCUGAGGGGAAAUAGACAGAUACCCUAAAAGGAGACAUAUGUUGAGUAUGCAUUAUGAUUGGAUGAUAUAGAAACAUCCUGGUCUGAUUAGGGUAUAAAUACUUAGUUGAAGUGUUCUUCUUUGUCACACACUCUGCAGAUGCUCUGUAUGAUUGUUCUUGCAAAAAUAAACCCUGUUUUUUCCUAUUCUACAAUACUCUCACAAUAAGAGUUGGAAACAUUUUUCCAGAACAAGGGUGAGUAAAUCUUCAGCACAUUUUCAUUUUGGGUGAACUGUUCCUUUAAACUUCUUCUAACACUUAGCCAAAUCAUUACUUUUAUCAUGUCUAAUAAUAUCAAGUUGACCAUUAUAAAUCAUAUCGGAUACAAGCUUGUAUCAUUGCAGACUUAAUUGUUUUGUUCUGUAAGUUGGUUAAUACACAAUGCACAAAUGUUCUGAAGAGAACGGCUCAGACUGGAGUUCUCAUGGCGUCUCUCCAUACAUUGCUGAUUCUGUGCGUAUGCACCACAGCGCUGUGUUUGGGAAUACAAAGAUUGAUGUGGUUGAUGGAAAAGACAAGAAUAUAUUUGAUAUAAAUGGAGAGGCAGGACUUCACCUGGUGGAAGGAGAUAUUCUGAUACAGGAGGGAGAAGACAGAAACACCAUUCUGGAUGAAAAGUAUCGUUGGCCGACCACUGUGCCGUACGUCCUUGACAGAAGCCUUGAAAUCAAUGCCAAAGGUGUGAUACUGAGAGCAUUUGAGCAAUUCAGACUCAAGACCUGUAUUGAUUUCAAACCCUGGCACAGAGAGCCAAACUACAUUUUCAUAUUUAAAGACAAAGGGGCUCUUAGGCUCAAGGAUUUGCGUGGAACAGUCCCCAGGGGUAGGAAAGUUCAACGGUCCACUGUUGUCAUCAGUGACACUUGAAUUCAGGAUCUCUAACACACCAUGCGUGGGGGAUCCUACUGCAGCAUUUCUUGACAACAUAUGUUCCACGUGCACAGUGCGCCUUCUGUGACCCUCCUGCAUGAGAUAACUUACAGGACCCUUCCGCUCGAUCACCGUUGCACUCAACCAUUUCUCCUGCCCUCCUCUGAAAUUUCGGACUUGUACUGGUUCUUCCUCCACAAAGGAUCUUAGGACUCGUUUUCCUUGGUCAUGUUGUCUCUUUUGUUCCUGCUGUUUUUCUUGAACUGACUUUGCUAGAUCAGGCUUCAACAGUGAAAAAUGUGUUCGGAUUUGACGCUUUAGAAACAGCUCUGCUGGUGUUUUUCCUGUUACGGUAUGAGGUGUACUACGAUACAUUACAAAUUUGCCAAUUUGUGCUUAAGUGAAAACAUCUGCUUGCUCUGUUUUUCACAAACACUUUUUAGGAGGGACUGUUUAAGUAUCUGAACAGAUCUUUCUGCAGCACCGUUUGAGGCCGGGUGGUAGGCAGGAACUCGUGUAUGUUUUAUUCCAUUUCCUUUUAGGAAAUCAGUGAACUCCGCAGACACUAGUUGUGGUCGUUAUCGGAGACCACCUCUUCUGGUAUCCCAUAAGCUGCAAACAAGCCUCGGAGAGCAUCAAUUGUGAAUGAGGAGGUUAUUAAUGACAUCGGUAAGACCUCUAACCAUUUUGAAUGGCUGUCGAUCACUACUAGGAAAAACUGCUUGUCUUUUUCUGUGAAAUCAAUGUGGAUUCUCUGCCAUGGCCUUUCAGGCCAUCUCCACAGAUGAAGAGGCGCCCCGGCAGGUGACUUUUGAACCGCCAGACAGCAGCUACAGCUGCGCACUCUCUCUUCAAUGCAGCCAUCUAAUCCUGGCCACCACAGAAUGCUACGAGCGAGGGCCUUCAUACGGCAGAUUCCGGGGUGCUCAUGGUGUAGCUCGUCCAGUAGUCUUGAUCGAUAUUUGGGAGGAAUUAUAACACGCAUUCCCCACAAAACACAACCUUGAUCCUCCGACAGUUCAUGUCUACAUGUGAAGUAUGGCUUCAGAUUCUCCUCCGACACAUAGUUUGGCCAGCCAUUUACAGUAUAAUUCCACACUUUGCAUAGUGUAGGAUCUUUCCGUGUUGCUUGGGCUAUGUCUCUUGCUGAUGUAGGAGCCGAUGAUCCUCCCGUGAAGUCACAUACACAGGAACUCUCGCAAUGCCAGUGCGAGAUCGUAAAAUAAUAAACUCUUAUCAGACAGGAAGAUCCAGGAAGGCCCAGGAGAAAAGACCAUUUGCUUAUCAACCACCUGGCCCAUCCUUUCCUUUAGCAACAGGGGGCAGGUCACUACAGAGAAGAGGCCAAGGAUCUAAGCUAUCACACUCAUACAAAACAAUCACAUAUAUAUUCCGAAUUCACAAUCAGAAACCUCUCAUGUUUGAUAUCAAUUUUAUAGUCUCAGUGCGGUUGGAAAUAGUAUCUCAGUCCCAUACCAGUUGAACAGACCAGAAAUAAAGAUCUGAAACUUAAGGAAAACUCUGUUCUCCUGAUAUGGGUGGUGUUGCUGAAGAGGUCUGUACCACAUGCUGUCUUCACACCCCCAACUUUAGGCUUCAGCAAAAGGUCCUGUGAAGUUUUAUUACGCUAAAUUUAUGAUUGUAAUGUUCUGAUCUGGGUACUUAAAGAGGAUUAGCGAAACAUUCAGGGAAGCAUCUGUAACCAGAACUUCCCGCACGAUUGUCGUGUGUCUCUCUAUUUGCCAGGUAUGCUGACUCUUUGUUAGUAUUUUUAUUU